UCGUCUUGACAGGGUGUGAAAAGCUCUUGUCGGGAUGGUGGUCGCUGGACAUCUAGGUUUACCCCACAACGCGAGCGCGUCGCUCCGCGGCUGUCCGUCGCGUGUCUGGCCAACCUCGACCGUAAUCAUAUCAGGACACCACAGCCUCCUUGGCUCCAAUCCCCCAAAGACCCUCCAUAUAUCGUGUCGCAUGACUGCUGUGAUACUUUAGCUCUGCAUUUCAACCUUCAUUCGACACCAUGGGCAUCAAACGCAAGCAUCUCGACGAUGCAUCUCAUACAUCAGUCUCGAGCUUUGGCGCCAUCUCGACACCAGACGCGCAAUCGCCAACACACUCUCCAUACGGCAUGGACGGCACAAUGGACAUGGAAAUGGACACAGAAGUUGCACCAAAGAUGAACGGCUGGGAUUUCACGCGUGCGCACCGAGUGAAGCCCAGCGACUGGGGAAAUCGAACGCGCAAACGAGUGCGCGACAACCGCCCCGACAACCACACUAUCCACGAAACCACAGUGCAUAAACUCUUCCUUGCACAGCGCCAUCACCCCCACGCCUCGCCCGUCCUUGCACCCACCCAACCUGCCAUCGCUGUCUCGAAACCGCAGAAGUCGACGCUCCAUUCGUUCUGGAAUAUCUCUGCGCCGCCGGCCCACGCACCUCUCUUCUCAUAUCAGACCACGCACCAGGACAGUAUGCAGGGGCCGCGAUGUGAAGACUGCGACGCAAGGCUGGAGCUUGAGGAUGAUGGUAUGGAUAUCGAUAUGGACAUGGAUAGUGCGGAGGGUGCAGGUCCGUUUGCUUGUCAUGGUUGUGCGAAGAGUGUAUGUGGGACGUGUGCUGUGGUGGGAGAUGCGAGGCAUUGUCUGCAAUGUGCGACGCAUGGGCGUUAAGGAAGGGACCGUGAAGGACGGGCGAACCGGUCUCUUACAAGUACGAUUACGCGGAAGAUAUCCUCCAUGAUAUUGCUGUUAGCGAGGCGUUCUGGGUUUGAUAAAAUAAAGAGCUUUAGCACGGG